GGCACAGGUUCGUGGAGCUUUCAGCGAGCGGAUCCAUCAAGCCAUCGUGGAUUGUCAUCGAAUUUCUCCAUCACUCACGUUACCCAUCUUUUCGUCUCGCUCCAGUCUUCGUCCACUCACUUACCCCAGCUUCCGUCCUCGACAACAUCCCUCUGUCCCAACGCGCAACAACACGAUCGGACCCAAACAUCCAAUUCACAGUCAACAAAUCCCCCCACCAAAUCCGCCAAAGAUGAUGUCUCUUCGUGCUGUCGCGCGCACCGCUGCGCCCCGUGCUCUCCGCGCCGUCUCUGCUUCUCCCAUCACCCUCGGCCGCGCCACCGUCCGCGCUACCAGCAACGUUCUCAGGACCCAGCUCCCCCAGAAGGCUUUCUCUACUACCGUCUUCCGCGCUGCCGCCACCGAGAUCGACUCUGAGCUCUCCGAGAAGCUCUCCACCGAGAUUGGCUAUGAGCAGGACAUUGCCUCCAACGAGCCCGUUCCCGCCACCGUCAAGGAUUUCCUUGAGAACGGCCCCUUUGAGCUUGUCGAUACCCCCGGCAAGGAGGACGUUGUUCUGAAGCGCACCUUUGGCAACGAGCAGAUCACCAUCUCCUUUUCCAUCGCCGACCUCCAGAACUACGAGCCUGGCAUGUUCGACGAGGACACGGCUCUCGGUGACGAGGAGGGUGCCCAGAACGAGGAGGACAUGGGUGAGGACGGCGGCGCUCCCGUCCGUCUCAACAUCGUCAUUGAGAAGCCCAGCAAGGGUGCCCUCAACAUCGACGCCGUUGCCCAGGACGGCUCCAUUGUUGUCGACAACAUGUUCUACUACCACGACGCCAAGCUCGCUCACGGUGACAGUGCCGAGACCCAGCACGCUGCCCAGGCUGUUUACCCUGGCCCUCCCUUCGGUACCCUCGACGAUGAUCUCCAGGUCCUCAUGGAGCGCUACCUCGAGGACCGUGGCAUCAACCAGGCCCUUGCCCUCUUCGUUCCCGACUACCUUGACAUGAAGGAGCAGAAGGAGUACCUCAGGUGGCUCAACAACCUCAAGGGCUUCGUCGAUGCCCAAUAAAUGGGGAGAGAUGAGAUGCUGUCACGAGGAACGGACAACCCAACAAGGAAAAGGCGAGAGGAUUUGAAGCUGCGGGACGGCUUUUUGGACCCGCAGCUGAUGUAUGACAUGUACCUGUAAUUAUAUCCCACAUUUGAUAUCACGACUCAAUACCAAAUUUGUAUAAUGCAACCGAAGCCGUUGGGAAUGGGUUGUGUAUGGAUGAAGAUGCUGUGAUAGGAUCAACGUCCAAGUGGGCAAGACAGUGUUCAAGUCGAUAUAGUAUCAGAGAU